AUGGUUUCUACUGUCUCAAAGAGUUUGAAGUUCGAUGCCAAAACCGAUAAGCUGCUCACCGUCGCAGCUGGAUGCUUUUGGGGUACAGAACAUAUCUACAGGAAGCAUUUUGGUGACAAGAUCAUCGACUACAAGGUAGGAUACGCCAACGGUAACGAGUCCAAGAAGGAUGCCACGGAUUCCAUUUCGUAUGAGCGUGUCACGAAGGGCGACACCGAUUUCGCCGAGGUUUUACAGAUAUCGUACAAUCCGCAGGUUGUGUCACUGAAGAGUCUCGUGGACUUCUUCUUCAGAAUUCACGACCCGACCACCAUAAACUCGCAAGGACCUGACGUUGGAACCCAGUACCGUAGUGCGUUGUUUGCGCAUACUCCAGACGAUCUGAAGGAGCUGCAGAGCCUGAAGGAAAAGUGGCAACCAAAGUGGAACAAUAAGAUCAAGACCCAGCUGGAGAUGAUCAGUAACUUUUACGACGCUGAGGAAUAUCACCAAUUGUAUCUAGAUAGGAAUCCAUAUGGUUAUGCUUGCCCAACGCACUAUGUCAGAGACAUCUAA